CUCCUCCUCCUCCUCCUCCUCCUCCUCCUCCCCCGCCUCUCCCUCCCUCCUCUAUCUCUCCAUCUAUCAAUCUGUCCGCCUAUCCCGCUCUAUCUAUCCGUCUCUCCGUUUGUUUCCAUGUUUUUAGGUCUCGCUAAAAUGCAUCAUCAGCAGCGGAUGGCAGCUCUGGGAACCGACAAGGAGCUGAGCGACCUGCUGGACUUCAGCGCGAUGUUUUCCCCUCCUGUUAGCAGUGGAAAGAACGGGCCGACCUCCCUGGGGAGCGGACAUUUCUCCGGCUCAAAUAUGGAGGAGAGAACGAGCGCAGCGUCGUGGGCGAGCGGAAGUCGUUCCUCCAAGAGUUACGCAGAUGGAUCUCAGUACAUGGCUUCACACGACAGCCUCUCACCGCCGUACGCCAACUCCAGGCUAGCAGGGAAAACAGAGCGGACUUCCUACUCGUACGGCAGCAGAGAAUCGAACCCUCACUGUCACCAGUCGAUACUGGGUGGUGAGUUGGGUUUGGGGAGUCCCGGCGCGGCGUCGCCCACCAAGCCGGCGGGUCAGUACUACCAGCACUACAGCUCCAACCCCCGGAGAAGAACGCUGCACAUGGACACGAUGGACAUUCACACAAAAAAAGUGCGGAAGGUCCCUCCUGGCUUGCCGUCCUCAGUGUACGCUCCGUCUGCCAGCACAGCCGACUACAACAGGGACUCGCCGGGCUACCCCUCCUCCAAACCUCCCAGUGCUGGCUUCCCCAGCUCCUUCUUCAUGCCAGAUGGCCACCACAGCGGCGAUCCCUGGAGCAGCAGCAGUAGCAGUAUGAGCCAGCAGGGUUACCACGGCAGCAUGCUGGGGGGCGGGAACUCGUCCCACGGCCCCACGCAGAGCUCCUCCUACUGCGGGAUCCACCCCCACGACAGACUGAGCUACCCGUCCCACUCGUCCGCAGACAUCAGCUCCAGCCUUCCUCCCAUGUCCAGCUUCCACAGAGGAGGAGGAGGAGGAGGAGGCGGCGGCGGCGGAGGGGGGGGCGGGGCCAAUCACUACAGCACCGCCUCCUGCACCGCCCCCACCAACGGCACAGACAGCAUCAUGGCUAACCGAGCACAGAGCGGAGCAGCCAGCAGCUCUCAGACAGGAGACGCCUUAGGGAAAGCACUCGCUUCGAUCUAUUCUCCAGAUCACACAAACAACAGCUUCUCGUCCAACCCCUCCACCCCGGUCGGCUCCCCGCCCUCCCUCACAGCUGCCAGCUCAGCCGUCUGGUCGAGGAACGGCGGGCAGGGAGCGUCGUCGCCCAACUACGAGGCCCCGCUUCACUCUCUGCAAAGUCGUAUCGAGGACCGUCUGGAGCGUUUGGACGACGCCAUCCACGUCCUGCGGAGCCACGCGGUGGGCCCGUCGACGGGCAUGAGCGGCGGGCACGGCGACAUGCACGGCCUCAUCGGGGCGGCGCACACGCACAACGGCGCCAUGGGGGCUCUGGGCGGCGGCUACGGGACGGGACUACUAUCGUCCAACAGACACUCGCUCAUGGUGGGCUCUCACAGAGAAGACGGCGGCAGCGUGGGCGGCCUGCGCGGCGGACACUCCAUGGCGGGCCAGGUGCCGGUGCCCCAGCUGCCGGUCCAGUCGGCCACCUCUCCGGACCUGAACCAGCCCGACCCGUACCGCGCUCUGUCCGGAGGCCUCCAGGGCCAGAGCACCUCCUCCGUCAGCUCGGAGAUCAAGUCGGAGGACGAGGGCGACGAGAACCUCCUGCAGGACUCCAAGCCGCUGGAUCCCAAGAAGGAGGACCCGGACAGCAAGGAGCUCAAAGGAAUUGAUAGGUCAAGAUCUAGCAACAACGACGACGAGGACCUGUCCCCGGAGCAGAAGAUGGAGCGCGAGCGGGAGCGGAGGAUGGCCAACAACGCCCGGGAGCGGCUGCGCGUGCGCGACAUCAACGAGGCCUUCAAGGAGCUGGGCAGGAUGGUCCAGCUGCACCUGAAGAGCGACAAGCCGCAGACCAAGCUGCUGAUCCUGCACCAGGCCGUGGCCGUCAUCCUCAGCCUGGAGCAGCAAGUCCGAGAGCGGAACCUCAACCCCAAGGCGGCCUGUCUGAAGCGCCGCGAGGAGGAGAAGGUGACCGUGACGUCGGACGGGACCCCGCUCUCGCUGGCCGCCGCGCACCACGCCGCCGCCGCCACCAUGGGCGACGGGCCCAACCCCAUGGGACAAAUGUCCAAGCUGCCAGAGUUCAUCAAGAUGAUGACCGACCACUUCCUCUGACGGCGUUUCCAUGACAACCUGUUGUUCGAUCAAACCCGUUUACUUCGACCUUGACCAAUCAGCUCCUCCUGGAACCUCGGCCCGACCGAUCCGAUCGGCCUCGUACUCUCUCCCUCCCUCCGGUGUCUCGUCCCCCCCUCCCCCCCUCCCCUCGGCCCCCCCGCCGCCAUCUCCAGUCGAGACCACGAACUGCACAGCCACAUUCGUCGCUUUUCCAGCUGAGGUGAACUGGAUGCUUGUUUGUGGAGACGCUAACGCGGCGGCACAACGUGACGGCGACGGACACGAGCCUUCGGAAUCGCACCAUUCAAGAAAUUCUUCUUCUUGUACUACAUGUUUUAUCAGCAUUCCCAGUUUUGUCGAACAAAAGGGUUCUAUAUAAAUAUAUAAAGUAUAUAUAUAUACAUAUAUAUAAUUAUAUAUAUAUGAGAAAAGGAAGAACAUGACACAAACUUGUUUAAAAAGUGCAACUUGGACACGGGCAGUGAGGAGGGAGGGGGUUGGGGAGGGACGUUCACAACGGAACAAAACAUAUCACAAAGUGUUUGAAGAGAUUUUUUAAAAUAAUGAAAAAAAAAGCAACAUUGCGCAGCUGCUGCUGAACUGGCGCUGCGUCUCUGACUGAAUGGCAAUCUAACGCCACACUGUGGAUGAAGCUGUGCCUGAUCUCCUCCUGGAUGCAAACCGGUCAGAUAGAUACACACCGAGAAUCAGACGACACGAAAACGACACAACCAGAACAGGGAGGGAACACACUCAGCGCUCACACACACCACCCACCUCGUCACUCACUCAACUGGCAGAGUUUCCAGCCGAGGCCACUGAGACGUUGCCGUCCUGGACCUCACAGCAGAAACAGGGCUACACAAACUCAAUGAAGGGAUUUCCCCUCUCUCGAUCACUUCCUUAAAACGUACAACAAGUAAAACAGGCCUGACCCUUCGUGACCUGGUGUGUAUCUACUGGGAGGACGAGAGUACGCAGAGAAUCAAUCAUAGAAUCGGUUAUUCAAUCAGUCACCGCAGGGACUGGGCUGUUGUGGGGAAUGACUUCAGCAGACUCGGACCACAUAUGCAGUGUGAAGUGAUGAAGAGGCGUGCUUCUCUAAGGGAAGGGAAGCGUCUCGUCGCUGUGUAUUUGCAGUUCGGCAGUUCCUGCGGUCAGAUGAUGGGGAGCAGCAGUGGGUUGAUACGGGACUCCGGGCGGUUCCUGGGCAGAUACAGUUCAUGUAGUGAAGGACAGACGGCAGCAAACCUGAGCGAUUGGCCUGCAGACGAAAUGUCUGAGUGCUUCAGUGAUACUCAUUCCACAGUUAGCACAUUCUCUGACCAAAUGGCGGACUCCCAAUGCCCCAAGUGACUGAAUCAUUACACCUGGAGGGGACACUGGAAGGGAGACGAUAUCCUGAGAGCUCGAACAGGAAGUCCAGAGGUCUACAUACCCAUGAUGCUUCAGGGGAAUCAAGGGAACAAUCAUCGGGGUGAAGGGUGCAUCAUUCUUAUCUGGGGGCCAAGCAGCAGUAUUCGAAGCAUUCCUGUGUUGGAUUCAUAAGAGUCCCUCAAGCAUCUCUUAUCAUGACCCUGAAGCCUCUGACCCCAGCCUCAGACCUGCCUCCUGCCCAGGGUACCGUCAUCAGGGUGAGGGCCCCAGUUCUCCUGGAACUGUCAGGAAUGUCUCUGGUAGUUGUUGCACUGGCCUUGUGGUCUUUUUAUGACAGACAGCAACUGGAGCAACUUGUCUCUUGGGAGCCACCUUUAAGGAACAGCACAGCUCCAACAAACACCAGUUUGGUUCCUGAGGUCACCCAUACGACCAAGCCCAAACAAAGUCUUUGGUUCUAGAAAAAUGAGCAAGCAUUCCAGCUUUGGCCUUACAGUUUCUCACAAGUAGUUAAAUUCCCUGACUCCAGCUCCUAGGCGUGCUCCUCGGGGGUCACCAGUGGUCAAAACAUCCGUGUAAAUUCAGGUGAUCUGUAGGAGAACCAGCGAAGAGGCCCAUCCAGCCAAGAUGAACAGUGUCUGGAGCUUCUUCGGCAGCUGCUGUGCAAGCCUGACUAGAAAGAGGUACAGGAGAGCAGAGACAGGAGGAAAGCUUGAUUGGCAAUGAUUGAAGCGUACGAGUCAUCAGCAGGAAUUAGUACACCGUAACUGGAUUGCUAUGCAACAAGCUCUACGCUCUGUCAGCCGCCAAGGCCAGUCGGAACAUCUACUUGAGCAUUGGUGGGCGUCUCUUGCGUGUCGAUGCGGAAAGUUCCCUCUCAGCCCAGUUUGAAUGGAUCCCUGUGUUUGAACCCGGUCCCAGAGCUCUGCUGACCCUAGCCUUAUCAGCCCCCGGCCCCGCCCCCACCCCCACCCCUGCCCCACCUGAGCGGUCCCACAGAUGCAAUUUGAACAUUCACACUUGUACCAAUGUGCCUUUUUAGAGUUCAUAUCAUUGGAGUUGCCAGAGGAGGACAUUUACCUGGUCUUUUAAUAGGAUGCAAGCUUAGGGAAACCUGUUCUUAGUCGUUAGGUUCUAUGCAGUCAGGUUUUUUACCAGACCUGGGAAUUUAAAAAAAGCUAAAAAGGAAAAAAAAGUAUUUUUUGGAUUGAAAAAAAAAAAAACCUAAACUGUAUUUAAUGUACUGUACGCUUAUAUGUAAGUAGACAGCGUGUUCUGGCUUCGAGCCGACGGGACGGACGCUUGAUUUAGCAAAACUAGCCCUCCCCAGUCCCGGUCCUGCCCCCACCCCCUCAAAGCCCUCAUGACCCCGACCCCCUCUCCUCUUCCAAGCCCCGCCCCCUGUUUCCAUGGUGAACAACGCGUCUCUUCUUGUAUUAUAGCUUAUCAGCUUUUUAUCAAUAUUUGAUCGGCUUGUCCGUGAGCCAAUGUAGUCUUCAGUACAAAGUGUGUGGUCGUAUGUUGUAAAACUUUUAUUUUCUCCCCCCCCUCGCUCUCUCUCUCUAUCGCUCUCUUUUAUAAGAAGAAUCUUUUCUCUUACCACUUUUUUUGUCUGUUCCGGUUUACAUGUCGAAUACAGAAAAUCACAAAAAAACUAAUAAA